AUUCAUUGGUCUAGGUUUUUUAAGAUGGGAAGAGAUUCGAAAAUCCAUAAGAAACAUUCAGAGGAAAAAACAGAAGAUUCAUCCUCACCUUCAAUCUCCUCCGACAGUGAAAGCAGCCCACGUAGUAAAAGAUCGAGUAGUCGUCGCCACAAGGGAAGCAGCACAAGCAGAAGGGACAAGGAGAAGAAACGUGAAAGAGAAGAGAGACAUCGUCGGAGAAGAAAGGAAAGAAGAGAGAAGAAGAGGGAGCGAAGGAGAGAAGAGAAACGAAGAUCAAAAAAGAGGGCUGAAGUCGACAGUGACGAUGAUGAUUCCAAAUCCUCUGGUGGAGAUGAAUCGGAACCUGAAGUGCCUCGGGAAGACCCAGAAAUUGUUCUUCGGUACAUUCUGAAGGAGUUCCCUUAUGUUGCUGAUGACCUGAAACAGCUUCUUCAAGUGAUUGAUGAUGGGCAAGCUGUUGAUACGAGUGGUAUGUCAAACAGAUCUUUGGUGAAGCUUCUGAAGAAGUUAUUUGUUUCCUUGAAUCUGAAAGAAAAUGGUACUGGACUUUUCUUACUGCCAACAACUCAGCGUCCUACACUGGAGGUUGUUGGGUCCAUAAUUACCUCACAUUUAAGACCCACAGAGCAGCAAUUUUCUAAUUCUGCAUCGACGGCGAUGGGCACACAGUCCCCCCAGUUGGUUGUGAAUGAAGAAUCUCCUGCUCCUAGAAGAAGCUUGAUUGGCCCUGAAAUGCCAUCUUCUGAGUUACUAGCUGCAGCAGCCAAAUUAACAGAAGCUGAGGCUGUGCUCAGGGACGCCGAGUUGGAGGAUGAUACUGGUUUGUUUAUAGGCCCUCCACCUCCUGCUGUGGUUGCUGAAGCUGCAUCAGCAAAUGAGGCGGAACGCUUUGAAGAGGUGACGAGAAUUAUGGCAGCUGAGGAUGAUACUCCAUAUGAUGUGCUUGGUGUGAACUUGAAUAUGUCGACUGAUAACAUGAAGAAAAGAUAUUGGAAGUUAUCGCUAUUGGUUCACCCGGACAAAUGCUCGCAUCCACAAGCCCAACAAGCAUUCGUCAAAUUAAAUAGGGCAUUUAAAGAUUUACAAGAUACAGAUAAGCGAAAAGUGAUUGAUGACAAAAUCAGACUGAAGGAGGAGCAGGAGGCGUUCAAGGUAGAGUUAAAAGCACGUCGUGAGGCUGCACAAUGGCGAAGAUUGCAAGGUAUAUCGAUGCCUGGUGAUGAUGAGCUUCUAGAAGUAACCAUACUACCCCAGAAAAGAGAGGAGUGGAUGACAACAUUGCCACCUGAAAGGAAGCCAGGUAUGACCAUGCAUUCAACAACAUCUUUUAGUAAGACUACUAAAGAAGGACGUGGUGAUACCAGUGUUUGGACCCAAACUCCCAUGGACAGGGCUCAGCAAGCAAAAAUGAAUUACUUAGAGGCUUAUAAUAAGGCUGCUGCACUUGCGUCAAAUGAAGAGGAGAAGAAAAGGAAAAGUUCAGAUGCAGACUUGGUGGAUAAAUACAAUCAAGCAAAACGCUCAAAGUCACUGGUACAGAAGCACCAAGAAGAGGCAGCUAGUAGUCGUUCCAAGAAAAAGAUCAAGCAGCAAACGGAUAAAGAAGAGUGGGUGGGAAAGCACCCAUGGAAGCCUUGGGAUCGUGAGAAUGACCUAACAGCUGGUAGACAAAAGGUUAAUUUAGAUUCAGAAAGCAUGAUGCAGGGUUUGUCUUCCCGGUUUUCUUCAGGAACCGUACAAAGAAAUUUCCUUUAGGUCAUGUGGCAGGUUGAACGUAAAAUUUGUAUCACGUGAGUUCAAGCUGUUAGUGAUGAAAAUCAACAGGAAGUAGGAUGCUUAAGUCUAGCACCAACAGAAUGAAAAAUUAAGGAGAAGAAAAAGUUGUAUAU